UUCCGAUUUCGCGUCGCGUUCGAGGAUAAGGACCGCGCGGAUCGCACUCUCUUUUGAGUCGUCUUACCAUCUAAACGCACCGUGCAGUUCGACGAUUUCGCUCUUUGUUUUCUCCUUCCUCUUUUCUCUUCUUUCCUCCUUUCUCUUUUUCCUCUUUUCCCAUUUUUGCAUCUAUUUUCCCUCCUCUCCCUCACUUUGAUCCUUCUCUCAUCCUUAUUCUAUAUCUUGUUCUUCCUGCUGCCAUACCUACUUUCUCAUUCGCUUUCUCGUCAGCCGAUUUUCGUCUAUCCUUAAUCGUUCCCUAUUGCCACGCUUAAUCUCGUGGCAGACGUUCGCAUACCGAAAGUACGAUUAUAGUCUCGCGAAUUCGACAUUUGAAAUUUAACUAGUCGUCGGGGAAAUUGCGCGUGUGCUACAGCGUACGAUAACAGUCGAUCUCUAGGAAGAGAGAAGUCGUGCCGCACGGAGAUACUCGCGACAGUGAAUAAUAUCGUACAAUUCGACUGUUACGUGUUGUUUGCUGUUUAUUCUACGCUACCGCUAACUUUAAUUAAGGAAGCGCCGAAUGCACGGACGAUGGAGGAUCGGUCGCGGUUCUCGUAGCUGCAGCGAGGACGCCGCAGGGUCGUCGAGAUGGGCAACAAUGGGAGCAGUUCUCGAGAUCAGCAAGCUGCGUCCGUGUGUUCGAACGGGCUGACCGUGCCGGAUGGAGUAAAUCGGGGUUGGUCUCAGUCCUUCCCUCGGGAAUUAACGAGACAUCGGUCGCAGCCAACCGCUGCGCGCAAGGUUCUCCCCGAGCCACCGAAUCAGAGGUUACGCGCCACCGACAACGGAAGUAUCAUACAGAACGGUGGAACGAUCAGUGGUCGCAGAGCACCGACGUUCGCGUCGUCUCGCGACCUCACCAAGCGUACCAACGAUCCUUCGUUUCGGGAGAGAAGCGGUUCCGCGUCGAACCUCGUCCAACCCUGUUCGAGAAGGAUCGAUCGGCACUGCUGUCGUUAUCGAGCCGAUUCGAGUCGGCCAGAUGCGAACACCAGUGCCGGCAAUCUGAAGAAGUUUGGCAGCGAGCCUGACCUUCGUUGUUCUCCGGAUCUGGUCUAUCCUCCGACCCCGGGCCGCUCCGAUUUAUCGAGCAACUCGAUCGACAGGCAAGAGACAGUCCCGCCAUCAUCCAGCUGUUACCGCUAUGGCAAGGAAUCCAAAGAACGACUCGAAAGCGCAUACAAACCUAGGAAAAAGUACAAAGCUCCUGCUCCGCCGGCAUCUCCGGCCUCUCCUAGUCUGCACGGAGACUCCUCGAGAGAUGUCGACUCCCGCUUCUAUCCGCACGCGCAUUUCCAUUCCCAUCCUCAUUCUCACGCUCAUCAAGUCGAACACCAUCACCAUCGUUCGCAAGUUCAACCGCCUCCACGAAGAUCCCGCCUGUUUAAGACUCGCGCCGAAUCGAAGAAAGCCCAAAUCACCUGGCAGCUGUCACCGUCGUCCGACUGCGAUCGCGAACGAUCGCGACCCACGCAAAGAGACGCGCCCAACCAUUGGAACGGCGCCCCUCGUCCCUCUCGGACGACCCAGCAUUCCGACAACGACGAGGUCGUUGCGGAUGCAGUGCCUGUUAACCGGCACGAUCGCGAUCGCCCGAACGUCGACGAACAUCGCCACCAUCGUUCUAGACUGUCCGAUCACGGAAAGAACACGCUGCAAAGAAGCAUCAGUAGCCCAGAGUUUCAAGCGGAGUUGAUUCGAGUGGCUAAAAGAGUCCGUGACAAGUUAGAUUCCAGCGGAACGGCGUUCGACGAAUCCACGCAUGAUCGUCGGGGCGACCGUUUCGACGCGGAAACGGUCGGCCUUGUCGAUCAACGAUCGAGUCGUCGACGUAACGAGAUCGAAGAUGGGCGAGAGAAUCGCGACGACGGUAAGGAACGGGAUCAACGCGGUCGAUCCUUGGAUUCAGUGAACGUUAUCGAAACGGGCAAUCGCGAAACAGAAGGAGGUGUCGACCGCGAUGCGAUCGCUAAAUCGAACCGACGUCGUCGAACCUACGAAAGCCCGGCAUCGAGGGAUCGAUCAGCGAACGACGCGGUUGACGUUGUCAACAGUUGCAAGUCGACCGAAGGCCGACCGUGGCAGCAUCAGCAGCAAAAUUCGGAUCCUGGCAGCAGACGAGACGAUGACCGUCGGUCGAAGAUCGUUUCGGCGAAACAACCGCCCGAUCAAAAGUGGCCAGACGUCGCGAUAGCCGAGAAAUCCGAAGCGCGAUCGUUAGGCAACGAGUACGUCGGAGAAACGGGCAACUCCGCCCCAAACGAACGAUCGGAGGAUCGAGAACACAAUCAAUCAUUUGCCUCGACGACGCCAAAGACCUUUUACUUCGGCAUGAACGAGGGUUCGGCUGCGGAGACUCGAGCCCACCAGGACCAAGAUAUCGAGGGAAAGUUCGAGUCCGAGGUCAAGUUUCUGCAUCGCGAUCAAGCAGACGGCCGACCUUCCUUCGUCGCGGAUGCGACUGACGACAUGGACGAUAAUGAAAGAAACGUGGUGGAAAAUAUCUCGCUGAAGCUGCGUCCCACCUUGCCGAAGAAGCAAUUGGAAAUUCCGCGAUUUUCGCCAUCUGCUGCUUGGAGAUUGCUUUCGACAUUGGAAACACCGGGCCCGAGUAUGAGCACCGCCAGCGAAGAAAUCCCGGUGCUGUUCGAGGAACGAAUAGAGCGGCUCUCGAGGCCACCACCACCUUUCCCUCUGUCUCUGGGACCCCGCAGUUGGCACGACAAGUCCGGAGAUUCCGGAAUAUCGGGGGAUGCCGGAGCCGGCAACGAAGACUCGUUCGACGUUAGUACGAUCAACAGGAUGAAAACGACCGUGACGAGGCCCACUUGGACGCCGCAACAGGAUUUGGGAGAGGAGUCGAGCAGCGACGCCGGCGUCGACUCGCCGCCGCCUUUAUCCACUCCGUUGAAAUAUCAUUCUCCGCGAGCGCACGUCUUCUCCCUUUCGUUGCCCAGAGACGAAGCCAGGACGACGACGUGUCUCUACGCUCCGGAAACCAAGACCAGGGAGGCGUCUGCGUUCAAUUCGCUUCAGAAGCUGAAGAGAUCGGUUUCGGGAGCUUUCGGUAUAGGUUCCCACGAACAUCAGAGAAAAUGUACUCGCGACGUUCUCGACGAUAACUGGUUGUUAUCGACCAGCGCGCCAACCUCGUUGCAGCACAAUCGCGGCCGCAUCGAACCGGCGCGGAUUUCGCCCUCGAUUUGGCAGCCGUUUCCGUAUCGAGAUCGCGUCGCUCGACGCGUUCAACGUUUGCGCGAUAGCGACGACGAGGAUAACGACGACGACGAUGUCGAUGACGAAGACGAAGACAACAACGACGGCGUUAAUGGGAUCGAUGAUGAUUUGACAGAAGACGUCGACGACGAACGAGACUCGCGAAUCAAUCAGGCGAUCGACCGCGACGCUAAAGUCAAAGAAAAUGAUUUUCCAGUUAUCCUGAAGCCUCCGUCUUUUUCGUAUCUUAUGCCUGGCGGUCACGUUAUGUAUCUACCGGAGACUAACGAAACGGAACACCGAGCGCAGCAUUUAAGGAGUAGAAAAAUCGGUUCUACCGAUUACGCGGAAACCAGCACGAUCAAUCGCGAGCAAAAUAGCGAGGAACAAGGCGAAUGUCAGGCUGAAAUCGCGCCUUUUCGAUUAAACGCGUACAAGAAUGCCGAUCGAAACAGCAACAUCGACGUAGACAACGACGAUAACAAGGAAGACCGAGUCGAGAAGGCGCACGAGCGCGAGGAAGAGGACGAAGAGGAGGAGGAAAUAGAAGAAGAUGACGACAACGAGUACGAGGACGAAGACGAGGACAAAGUCGGCAACGUAUCGAAACGACGAUGUAAAAGAUCGAAAAGUCGCAUUGGCGGCAACGAUUCCAGAGGUCUUAACGAGCUUUCGAUUUGUCCCGAGCCACGCGAGAAUAUCAGUCAGCCAAAGCAAAGGAGAACGUUCUUGCCUUCUGCGAACGACGACCAAGAAACGCGGACUUCCAACUUCGACGCGAUCGGAGAAUCGAAACCGCAAAGGAAGAACAAUUCGAGAAGCAAAAGGUUCACUUUUCAGUCGACGGUUAGACAGAUAGAAAGACGUCGAUUAGCCGAGAAGCUGUCGAGGGAGGCCGAAGCGAAAGAACGGCAGAGAAAGGGCGAACUCGAAGCGAUGCGCAAAGUGGAGGAAGAGUUUCAACGAAAACGCGCGAAAGAAAAAGCGAGUAUCAGACAACAGUUGCGUCUUUUCAAAGAAAUGGAAGAGAAUUUCAACCUGCCGACCCCCGACUGGGAUGGUUCGCAGUUGUCUCGUGCCGAUCCGGACGGCGCGCCUUCCUCCACCGCAUCCUCUCCUACUUCGUUGCCAAUUGGGAACUCGUCCACGAUCGCACCUGGCAAACGUUCUAUCGGUGACUCGGAUUCGACUAAACAACUUCGUGCCGAGCGAAAAGACUAUCGACCAAAGUAUUACGAUUGGUCACCGGAUACCUGUAAUCAUUUAGACAAUCACAGACAAACAACUGUUCAUCCAAAGAUAGUUUGCGACAUUCCGAAAAGUUCGCACGUUUUCGUCGACGCGAACGUUCAACCUGGCAAGCCACCAAUUGCGUCCAAUUCUACUCCAAAGUCGGACAAUUAUAGGAAAGAUUUCGCGCACGGCACCGUGGCAACUAAAACCUCUUUCGCGAGUAGCGACAGCGAACUGUCCCAAUCGAACACGAGGCCGCAUUCCAGGCAAAACAGAAUCAAGAGCAAACCCCAUCGACCUAGGUCCGGUAGUCCAGUACGAAGCGUGGCCGCAGCAACCGCAUCCGAGGAAGAUUUGUCGCUGCUGGUAGAAUCAACGAGACAUCCAAGGAAUCCUACCCACGAUUUUAUACUAACCGGAGUGCAACCGUUUUCGAAGCGAAAAACAUACAAGCCGAUUUCCUUCAAUCCUCGUCCACCUCCGCCCAUUCCGAGCUAAUCCUCCGUUUUUUAACCAACAUUUUUCGUGACAGUAUCGAGAAUAUGUUGCGAAACAUACCAUUUGCUACGUUUAUUACGACUCUAUAUAUAUUGUUAUUAUGUAUAUAACGCGGUGUAUAUAUGUAAUAUAUAAUGGAAUAAAAUAUCAUCUUGUUUUUACAACGUGCUUUUCGAUUUCGAAUGUGGCGGCGGUUACAGUCGAGUUUAGUCGAACUCGUCGCGCAUGCGCAGAAAGCUAAUCGCAACUACAACCGAUCGAACCAUACCUCGUUCCGUCUGUUGCUCAAAUUCGUUUAUAUUUCCUACUACGAUGGAUUAUUCUGACGAAACGGGACGAUCCAACGACACUGAAUCGUCGACGUCGAAUCGUCGACAUAUAAUCGACUGUCUGUCCAGCGUAGGAUCUAAAAUCAUUCGUAAGUCGACACCGUCGAGCGCGCUCAUACGUAGCGAAUUCGAAUCUUUGAUAUCGGAUAGCAGCGACGAAGAAGAAAAAGCAACGAUCGACCAGCUGGAGAAAGCAACGCGAUCGAAAAC